GUUUAUGUGAUGCUGUUAUAACCUUAGAUACUAGUUUCUACUGUGUGUCAUAAUACAUUAGUUUUAAACUGUUGCAUCGUAUUCGGAGUAAAAAUGUCAGCGUUAAGUGGGGUACGGAUGGCCGACGGUCGUUAUGCCGACGGAUCGUGGGAAUUAAAAAUCACGGUAACUGACAUGUCAAUUAAAAACGAACAAGGUGAAAUUUUAAAGGAAGUUGAAAUCCCAGUCUUGGUGACCACUGAACUACACGUGGGAGGGGUCAUCGCUAAACUUGUGGAUUCAUUAAAAAGCAAAUACGAUAUUACGAAGAGUUGGUCGGACUACGAGUUAUGGUGGCCCAAGGCUUGCAAAUGGUUGGAUAAGAUGGGACAAGUUUUGGGGAAAUACGAGGUUCAAGCAGAUGCAGUGUUACUAUACACACCUAAACACAAGGUAGUAAAAGUACAACUACCAGAUUUGCAAUACGCUAACAUUCGCGUCAACUUUGCUGCAAAGGUUCUCCACACAGUUAUUGAAAUCUGUAAAUUUUUUGAUAUCCGUCACCCCGAAGAAUUAUCCAUCCUCGUCCCUCCGAAAGCAUCCAAGGGUGACAAGUCCAACACCCCUUCAAAAUCAAGCAAACAAAAUGCAAAUGGGACCCAGGAAUCAGGGGGCUUACUUACCCCUAAUGUGUUAACCCCAGGUCUUACCCCGACCUCACCCUACACCCCAGGCUCCCCUAUGUACAAUACACUCACACCAAAGAAUAUGAAGGGAUCACCAAUGGCGUCUCACAGUUUAGAGUUUCUCGACAGUGCAUACGUUGACCCAAAGCUUCUCACAACAUCAGCAAAACCAUCAACUUUUGCGCUUGCUAAUCUGUUUCGACCAAAAAACUUAUUGGAUAAAGCAAGAUAUAACACAGGAUGGCUGGACAGUUCAAGAUGUUUAAUGGAGCAAGGCGUCACUGAGCACAGCAUCAUUUUCCUGCGAUUCAAAUUCUACUCAUUUUUCGACCUCAACCCAAAAUAUGACUCAGUGAGGAUCAACCAGCUGUAUGAACAAGCCAAGUGGUGUCUUAUGUGUGAAGAGAUUGAUUGUACAGAGGAAGAAAUGAUUAUGUUUGCUUCACUACAGUACCACAUCACAAAGUUAUCGGAGAACACAGACGAGGAGAUGGAGCAAAACGAUAACCGUGAUAUUGAACAAGCGUUGCAAGAUCUUGAAGGAUCGUUGGGAAGUUCCAGUGUUGCCAGCAAGGCAUGGAGUGUGAAUUGGGACACAAACCAAGUUAUUAUCGAACUUGCAGAAGGAGAUUCACAAAUUACGUUCGCUUGUACAAGGUUUAGCCCAAAGUUGGUUCAUGAAUUGAUCGGGGGUUACAUUUUCCUCUCCAUGAGGACCAAGGAUGCCGACGAGACCCUCGACGACGAAAACUUCUUUAAACUCACUGGCGGUUGGAACGGUUAGGUGCCGGUAGAGAUCGCUGAAUUAAAUCCUGAACCUCCAACUUCGUUACCGCUAGCUGGCGCUGUGGAGCAGUUGAUAUCAUUCGUUUGCAAUGAAAUUUAUUCUUUUUAAGCUGCGCGACUUUUAUUUAAACCCCCCCAUGUAGAUUACCAUUGCUUUUUGUAUUCAGUUCCACAGUUUUGCUUCAAAAUGUUUUCCAUAAAAAUAUUUAAUUUUUGUCAUUUCUUUUUACAAAGACACAACUUGGGGCUCGAAUGCACUCACUGCCUGUGACAAAACAAUACUCAUAAUGAUGUCAUAAUGAAGUCUUGUUAUAAAUUAUAUGAAAUUUUGUUCACCCAAUUUUUUUUCCAUCUUUAAUUGUGCACCUUUUAUGAUGUCAUAAUACUCAUAGUUACGUAAUCUGUACAUAUGUUGAAAGAUGCAAAUCUUUGCAAUGAUGAAGUCAAUUUUGAUGUGUUUUUUGUAAAUACUUUUAACUGAAUCAAUCUUUGGGUAUUUUUGUAUCGAACAAAUAUAAAUUUUUUUUUCAUUUUUUUGACUGAGCCUUAAAAAGACAAUAUAGAUUGGUUAAUUUUUAACUAACUUUCGCAAUGAAAAUUAUUGAAAAUGGUCGUUAAAAUAAUACUGUUUUAAUAAUUAAUGAAAUUUAUUAUAAUUAAACCCAAUUUAUGUUGUUUUUUUAUAAAGGCUUAGUUUAGUCUUACUAACGUGGGUUACAGUUUUGUAAUUAGACGUUUAAUAUCAUUCUUUCACUUUAAUGGAAUAGAGUAACAAGUUAUUACAAGGUGUCAGGUUUGA